GACAUUGUCAAACUGAUGCGUGACGGGUGUAUCGACUUCCCUACCCUAACGGCAGGGCAGAUCCACGACAAAAGCAAAGGGAAUGCGAUGUCAAACGGAUUGGUCAUGCUUCAAGUGGCCUGGUUUGUUAUGCAGCUCAUCACCCGUGCCAUCUAUCGCCUCGAAACCACCCAGCUCGAAGUUGGGACACUCGCUUUUGCGGUUCUCAAUUUCUUAACUUAUGCUGUGUGGUGGGACAAGCCUCUCAAUGUGCAAUGUCCACAUCCAGUGUACUUGAAGUCGACCGAGUUAAUGCCAGCGGAUAUUGAUCUCGAUGACAGAGGCCUACCAGAUGGGAUCGUUUAUUCAGUGCUCGGCCCAAUCAUGGAACUGAUAGGCUUCAUUGGCAUACCCAUAUCCCUAAUGCUCCGAGUUCCAACAUUUGAUGGUAGCAUCGGACUCGGACGCCUGGACACGAUGGUUGUUCGACUUGCUACAUUGAGUAUGGCAACCAUAUUUGGCGGCAUCCAUUGUCUGGCUUGGUUUUUUACCUUCGUCACACAUCAGGAACAGCUCCUAUGGCACCUAUGUGCCCUCGCUAUAACUGGCACACCCUGGCUUUUCUUUUGUGUGGCUUUCACAUUCAGUGCACCAUCUCUACUAGGUCACCUGCAUCACCUAUAUAUCCUGAUUGGACUUUUAUGUAUCAUAUUAUACGUUACAGCUCGUGCCGUCCUGUUGGUACUCAUGUUCACCACUUUACGUCAUCUUCCUGGUGACGCAUACCAGGCAGUGUCGUGGAUUGGUUUGGUACCGCACUUAUAGUUCCUGAUUACGGAUACUUGUGAUACACUUCAUACUUUUGUAACGAUAUUCAGACGUAGCAUUCCUGUAGUCGACGAUGGACCUCAGGCCAGUUCAUCAGGAAAACCCUCCCCCUCUAGUUAGAACCAACGAGCUCGCGCCCGUUGUGCCUUCGGCACAAAUCAAAAAAAGUAAAAG